CUACGGAGUUGGCGCCAUUGCAGUGCUUCGCGCUGUCUUCUUUGCGUUCUCCCAAGAAAUACCUCUUUUUGCUGCGUGAAUUAGCUAAUCAGCUGCGGCGCAAUGACCGAUAAAGACGCUGCAUUUGAUGAUGCUGUGGAGGAAAGGGUGAUCAAUGAGGAGUACAAGAUCUGGAAGAAGAACACCCCAUUCCUCUAUGAUCUGGUCAUGACUCAUGCCCUGGAGUGGCCCAGCCUCACAGCUCAGUGGCUCCCAGAUGUCACCAGACCGGAGGGAAAGGACUACAGCGUGCACAGGCUGGUUUUAGGGACACACACGUCUGAUGAGCAGAAUCACCUCGUAAUCGCCAGCGUUCAGCUCCCAAAUGAUGAUGCCCAGUUUGAUGCCUCUCACUAUGACAGUGAGAAAGGUGAGUUUGGAGGCUUUGGUUCUGUAAGUGGAAAAAUAGAGAUUGAGAUCAAGAUUAACCACGAGGGAGAGGUGAACAGAGCUCGUUACAUGCCUCAGAAUCCGUGCAUCAUCGCCACCAAGACUCCCACUAGCGAUGUACUGGUUUUUGAUUACACAAAACACCCCUCGAAACCAGACCCAUCCGGAGAAUGCACCCCAGAUCUGCGUCUCAGGGGCCAUCAGAAAGAGGGGUACGGACUCUCCUGGAACCCAAACCUCAGCGGAUGCCUCCUAAGUGCUUCUGAUGACCAUACUAUAUGUCUGUGGGAUAUCAGCACAGUUCCCAAAGAGGGGAAGAUUGUGGAUGCCAAAACGAUCUUCACAGGCCACACUGCUGUGGUGGAGGACGUCUCCUGGCAUUUGCUCCACGAAUCGCUCUUUGGAUCUGUGGCGGAUGACCAGAAACUUAUGAUCUGGGACACACGGUCCAACAACACCUCCAAACCGAGCCACGCAGUGGACGCUCACACCGCCGAGGUCAACUGCCUGUCCUUUAAUCCCUACAGCGAGUUCAUCCUGGCCACCGGCUCCGCUGAUAAGACCGUAGCGCUUUGGGACCUGAGGAACCUGAAGCUGAAACUUCACUCAUUUGAAUCUCACAAGGACGAGAUCUUCCAGGUUCAGUGGUCUCCUCACAACGAAACCAUCCUUGCCUCCAGCGGCACUGACCGGCGUCUCAACGUCUGGGAUCUCAGCAAGAUCGGAGAGGAGCAGUCGCCAGAAGAUGCUGAGGACGGUCCUCCAGAGCUGCUGUUCAUCCAUGGUGGACACACAGCAAAGAUCUCUGACUUUUCCUGGAACCCCAACGAGCCGUGGGUCAUCUGUUCGGUAUCGGAGGACAACAUCAUGCAAGUGUGGCAAAUGGCUGAGAAUAUCUACAACGACGAGGACCCGGAGGGUGCUGCGGAUUCAGAGGUGCAGGCAUAAGGCUGAUUUUCACCUCUCUCCUCUUGACCUGCUUAUGAAAUGGAUCCUGGCGCGAGCGCUGCACUUACAAACCAACAAAUCUUUUUAGAACCAUCCUGUGCAGCGGAUUUUGUAGAAAGCAAAAGAACUGCACUGUCGUUGUGUUGUGACAUAUUUAAAAUGUUUCACUCUAAUUUUUUAAUUAUUGUUAUUUUUUCCCCCAAAAUCAACUCUGGCUUGUAAAGAAACCGUCACAGACGUACAUGUGGGCUAUCGUUAAAGGUUGUAAUUUGAUUAAUUUUAUUAUUUUUUUUAU